UUAGAUCUCAAGGCGACGGCGCUUCUGAAGCUCAUAUAUCUCGAGAUGGUUGGGCACGACAUGUCGUGGGCGUCGUUCCAUGUCCUCGAGGUCAUGUCGUCGCCCAAGUACCAGCUCAAGCGCGUUGGAUACUUGGGAGCUGUUCAGAGCUUUCGUCCUGAUACUGAAGUUCUGAUGCUGGCUACGAAUCUGUUGAAGAAGGACCUUGGCUCGACUACACCGACCGUCAUCUCCCUACCGAUCGCUACUCUCCCCCACGUCAUCACCCCUUCGCUGGCGCUUUCGACACUGCAAGACUUGCUACCACGUCUGAGCCACAGUCAUUCGAAUAUUCGAAAGAAGACGCUCGUCACGCUGUACCGACUUGCCCUCGUGUACCCUGAAGCUCUACGCGCGGCCUGGCCCAAGAUCAAGGAGCGGCUUAUGGACCCGGACGAGGACCCGAGCGUUACAGCUGCCAUUGUCAAUGUGGUUUGCGAACUGGGCUGGCGACGACCAAACGACUUUCUUCCCCUUGCGCCUAGACUAUUUGAGCUGUUGGUAGAUGGUGGUAAUAACUGGAUGGCCAUCAAACUCAUCAAGCUUUUUGCGACUUUGACGCCUUUGGAGCCUCGGCUCGUCAGAAAGCUACUCCCUCCUCUCACCAACAUAAUCAGGACAACACCAGCAAUGUCAUUACUCUACGAGUGUAUCAACGGUAUCAUCCAGGGCGGUAUUCUCGGCAGCGGAGAUGAUGUCUCUGGAACCGAUGAGAUUGCAACGCUCUGUGUCAAUAAGCUACGAGGCAUGAUUAUGAUUGAUGGUGAUCCUAACCUCAAAUACGUUGCGCUCUUAGCAUUCAACAAGAUCGUUACUACACAUCCUUAUCUUGUAUCACAGCAAGAGGAUGUGAUUCUGGAGUGUAUCGACAGUCCGGAUAUCACCAUCCGAAUACAGGCGCUUGACCUUGUGCAGGGCAUGGUUACAGGCGACAACCUAAUGUCUAUCGUGAGCAGACUGAUGAAGCAGCUCAAGUUAUCCAUGCCGGCUCGGGAGGUGUCUCAGCCAGGAACGCCUCCAAAUGAUCCAAACUACUCAGAUGACGAAUACUCGGAAUCUGCGCAGCCCAAGUCUGAAGCCCAGGCACCUCUCCCUGACGACUACCGAAUAGAUGUCAUUGGGAGAAUUUUGGCAAUGUGUGCAAAGGACAAUUACUCGAGCGUAUUGGAUUUCGACUGGUAUAUCGACGUUCUUACACAACUUGUCCGCAUGGCACCGGCUUCUCGCAAGGUUGACGAUGAGGACUUGGGCCCGGCAGAGAGAGCGCGUGCCAACGUCUCAGAAAAGAUUGGCGAUGAGCUCCGUAACGUCGCUGUAAAGGUCCGAGUGAUGAGGUCAACUGCAGUGCGGGCAGCAGAGAUCAUCCUCAGCCAACUCAAUGGCGACACACCACCGGGCUAUAACAUUACGUCUGGGGCACUGAAAUCAGUGACCUGGAUUAUGGGUGAAUAUGCCUCACAACUGGCCGUAGCUGAUGAGGGGUUGAACAGCCUUCUUCAGCUCAUUCCUCGGACAACUACCCCUGAAGUCUUGACCACUACUCUCCAAGCUGUUACGAAAGUCUUUGCUACCAUAGUGGGAGACGAGAUGGAGCCAUGGACGGCAGAGAGGAAGUCUAGGAUUUCACUCCUCAUGGCUCGCAUUAUUCAUGUCUUUGAGCCACUGGCGUUGCACCCUAGCCUUGAGGUUCAAGAGCGAGCUGUUGAAUUCACGGAACUGCUUAAGCUUACAGCUGAGGCAGCCUCGAGUCAGCCUGCUUCGACUGAUGACGUUGAGCAAGAUCCUCCGUUGUUGCUCACCCAGGCGAUUCCUUCACUAUUCAACGGCUGGGAGCUCAACUCGGUGGCCAAGGAUGCACAGUACAAUGUCCCAGUCCCUCGAGAUCUCGACUUGGACGAACCUCUUCAUCCAAACCUUGCCAAGCUGCUAGCAGAUGGCGACUCUGUUACUCUGGUGGCGGACGACUCGGAUGAGUUUGAGGUAUACUACCAUCAGAAGCCACCACCAACCAGCAUCGACUCUUCUGCCCCAGCCAUCAGCAGGAUAGCCGAGCCUGUGGACGAUUACGUGGGCUCCUCCUAUCAACAAGCAGACGAGGACAGCUAUCUGGACGCCGACAUCGUUGCAAGGAGAAAAGCGGAGCGUCAGGAGCGGAACAAGGACGACCCCUUUUAUAUCCCCAGCAACGACACGCCCCGUACUUCAACUCCUAUUCACAACAUUCUCCAAAACAGCAACGGUCCCGAUCUGGAUAUCGACUCUAUACCUAUAAUGCAGCUGGAUCUAGAACGGCUCGGAACCCCAGCUGCCGCGCCUCAACGCCCCCAGCCAAGACCUCGCCAAAGGGUGGUCAUCGCCCAAGACGAGACCCUCGGCGGCAGCGAUAGCGGUCACGUCUCGGAGAACAACUCGGACAGCGCCGUCGCAAAGUCCAAAGCUCGUAAGCUCAAGCAGCAGGGUCUGCUGGGUGUGGACUCGAGCGGCAUCGGCUCCUUCAGCCUCGAAGGUCAGCCUUCCUCAGGCUUUGACUAUGAGCAGCAGCAGCGCGAGGAGGCUGAGAUGCAGCAGGCCAUGAAGGAGGUUGAGAGGCUUCGUCUCGAGAUGCAGCGCGCCAACGAGAGGAUCCAGGUUGCUCAGGGUGUUGAUGUCGAGGGUACUGUUGUCAAGAAGAAGAAGAAGAAGGCUGCCAAGAAGGGUGAUGAGGAGGGCGCAGAGGUCAAGCCAAAGAAGAAGAAGAAGAAGGUCCCCCGUGCUGAAGCCAUCGAGGAGCAGGCUGGAGGCGACAAUAGCAGCGUCCAGGGGGUCGAAUCUCCAGCGUCGGGAGAAGUCGUCGUGGCCAAGAAGAAAAAGAAGAAGAAGCGCGUGGUUGACAUUCAAGAGGGGGGAUAGAGGAUGGUGGCAUGAAGGAGGGUUGAUUGAUAUGUGAUAGCAUUGUUAUGGGGUUGGUAUACCUAGGUAGCAUAAGAUAAAGGGAUCAGGAGCAUAGGAGGAAUACAAAACCCACUGACAAUAACUGAU